AUGAUCUUGCUGACUCAACCAACAUGCCCUCUUUUCACCUUUACCUCUGACUAUAAGUUCAACCCUCCAUUAUCAAAUCAUAAUGUUCAAUUUAAUGUUGGUUUUGGUGUGUUUACUCCAUUUUCUCAAGUGCCCAUUUACAGAAGGGGGCCUUACAGGAGGAGGAACUGGGACAGGUGCUCCUCUUCUGCUGCAGCACAAGCUCCAUUGCCACCUGACCCUGAUAAGGAAGACAGAGAAGUGGUAAAAGAGAGUAAUGCUGUAGUUCCUGCACAGGGUGAGAGUCCUGAUCUGCAGACACUUUUCAGAAGGUUCUGGAAGGUGGCAGCUCCUUACUGGACUUCAGAUGACAAGGCGCAAGCAAGGUUGCAGCUUGCUGGUGUUUUUGCUCUCACUUUGGCUACCACUGGAAUCAGUGUUGGCUUCAGUUUCUUGGGGAGAGACUUCUUCAACGCACUUGCUAACAAGGAUCAAGAGCAAUUCACGAAGCAACUACUUUACUACUUGGGUGGCUUUGCUGGAGGAAUCCCGUUUUUUGUAUUGAGAGAUUAUGCAAGAGAAACUCUAUCUCUGAGGUGGAGAUCUUGGAUGACGAGCUUUUACAUGGAUCGGUAUCUGAAUAAUCAAACAUUCUAUAAAAUUCAGUCACAGUCAAUUAUUGAUAAUCCAGACCAGCGAAUUGUCGAUGAUCUAAGUUCUUUCACUGGGACAUCCCUUGCUUUCUCCCUGACACUCUUUAAUGCUGCUGUGGACUUAAUCUCAUUUAGUAACAUCUUGUUUGGAAUCUAUCCACCACUUUUUGUUGUUCUUCUCGUGUACUCAAUUGGUGGGACAGCUAUCAGUAUUUUCCUUGGAAGGGGACUGGUGAAUUUAAAUUUCUUGCAAGAGAAAAAGGAAGCAGACUUUCGGUAUGGACUUGUACGGAUUCGGGAAAAUGCUGAAUCAAUUGCAUUCUAUAGUGGUGAAGAAAGUGAAAUGCAACUUCUUCUGCAGCGCUUCAGAAGUGCUUUUGAAAAUCUGACUCAAUUGCUGAUUGCUUCUAGAAAUCUGGAGUUCUUCACCAAUGGCUACCGCUAUGUUAUUCAAGUUCUUCCUGCUGCCGUUGUUGCCCCCAUGUAUUUCUCGGGAAAAAUUGAGUUUGGUGUCAUCAAUCAGUCAGUUUCUGCUUUUAAUCAUAUCCUUGGUGACUUUUCCCUUAUUGUGUACCAGUUUCAGGCUAUUAGUGCUUUUUCUGCUGUUAUUAAUCGGUUAGGUGAAUUCGAUGAUGUUUUGGACAGAAGCAGCUCUAACUCUCUCACUGAUACAUUGGAAGACAUACGUAUUACAUACAAAGAUUUUAGGAGUUCAUCUGCAUUGGAAUCUAAUGGCUCCACUCCACCAGAAAAAUUUGGAACGUUAUUGGAGGUAGAAGAUUUGAUUCUGAAGACACCAAGUGAAUCUACACUUAUUAGAGACUUGUCAUUGACAAUCAAGGAAAAGGAUAAUUUACUGGUAAUGGGACCAAGUGGAAGUGGCAAGACUUCUUUGUUAAGAGCUAUGGCUGGUCUAUGGAAAACUGGAACUGGAAAGAUCACAUACUAUGUAAAUGGUGGAGAAUAUCCUGAGCAAUCCAUUUGUUCAGAUGUGAAUACUCCAAAUAAUGCUCAUGAUACAAAUGAAGCACAUGGAAAAUCCAUAAGCAGAAAAUCUGGAAUUUUUUUCCUUCCGCAAAGACCCUAUAUGGUUUUGGGCACUCUUCGUCAACAAUUACUUUAUCCAACUUGGGCUGAUGAUUUAGUUCCUAUGUCAGAUAGUACAAAACAAACAAAUGCACUUCCUUUCUUGACAAACUUGCCAAACUCAGAAAAGGCAAAUGAUAAACCUAUGAAGCCAACAACAGAUGAGCUGAUAAAGGUCUUAGAGGAUGUCCGCCUUGGAUAUUUAUUGGCUCGUUUCAGUUUGGAUUCAACACAUGAAUGGUCUAGUGUUCUUUCUCUGGGAGAGCAGCAACGCCUUGCAUUUGCUCGACUUUUGCUUUCAAAGCCUCAAUUGGCUUUACUGGAUGAAUCUACAAGUGCACUUGAUGAAGCCAAUGAGGUUCAUUUGUACCAAAAGAUUGGAGCAGCAAACAUAACAUAUGUCAGCAUUGGCCACCGUUCAUCCUUGAAUGAUUACCACGAGAGGAUCUUGCGCAUAUCCACAUUUGAUGCUAACACUGAACGGAUAAAUUGGUGCAUUGGACCUACUAGAGCUGAGUCCUCUUUAAAAUUUACAAAUCUAUGA